UGUUUUGAAGACGCUUCCAACAUGGCUGCUCCCAUGUAGACGUUUCCUGGGGUCUGUCGUGUUUGUGUGGAAGCUGUAAAACACUCAGGAGCGCAGAACAAUGCAGUGGAUGCAGUGACCACAUGAGAGGAGGCGUGACGCUGCCGGGUCAUAUGAGCGUCAGCAGCGGCUCAGCGGUGCCACAGUGCAGCAGCGGCGGCACUGACCGGGUCGCAGGCAGGGAUGAGGUGACCAGAGGCGGGCAGCGAGCACCACAGUGACAGGUGAACUUUCUCUCUCCGGCCGUCUUAAGCUCACUCCACGAUGUCCAAGUCGUCACUCUUGAAAGUCAUCAUCCUGGGCGACGGCGGCGUUGGCAAAUCGUCGCUCAUGAACCGCUACGUCACCAACAAGUUUAACGCUCACGUCUUCCACACCAUUGGCGUGGAGUUCCUCAACAAGGAGCUGGAGGUGGACGGCCACCACAUCGUUCUGCAGAUUUGGGACACGGCGGGUCAGGAGCGCUUCCGCAGCCUCCGCACGCCUUUCUACCGUGGCUCCGACUGCUGCCUGCUCACCUUCAGCGUCGACGACGGGCAGAGUUUCCUCAACCUGGCUCACUGGAAGAAGGAGUUCACUUAUUACGCAGACUUAAAGGACCCGGAUAGCUUCCCCUUUGUGGUCGUUGGCAACAAACUGGACGUUCCUGAACGUCAGGUGUCAGGAGAGGAUGCGAGGAAGUGGUGCCGUGAGAACGGCGGACACCCGUACUUUGAGACGAGCGCCAAGGACGCUACAAAUGUAGCGUUGGCCUUCGAGGAGGCCAUUCGCCGCAUUCUGGCGACGGAUGAUAGAGCUGACGACCUCAUCCACACUAACACAGUGGAUUUAUCGAGAAAGACUCACACUGAUUCCACCUGCUGCUGAGUUGAGGGACUCACCCAGCAGGAGUUCAUAUGAUGUCUUUGUUAUGCCAUUGAUCUGUGGCUACAUCCAUGCUAAUACACUUUAGCUUUAAAAAGGAGUUUCCAAAUUUCUAAAAUGCAGAACUUUUUGAAAGCUUUUUUUCAGGUUUUAAUCUGGACGGACAAAACAUUUGAAAACAUUGAGACAGUCACCUGCAUCUUGAUGUAAAUACCUGGAAAUAAAAGCUCAAAUAUUGUCUUAUAAACAUUCAUUUUGAUGUCAAACCCAUAUGUUUUCAUUGUAAAGCAAAAAUAAAGGAAAUUGCCUCACUGUUCCAAGACUUUUGGAGGGGACUGUA